AUGCUACCUAAGAAAUAAUUUACUAUUUACUAUUUUUUGGACUAUUUUAUAAUUUAUUUUAUUUAAAUCUAAAAUAAUGUAUUAAAACAUACCCAUCACUCCAAAUAAAACUUGUUAAUUGAAAUAUUCAUGUAAUCUAAAUUAAGAACCCUAUUACUAUAAUAUAUAUGUAAUAUAUGCAUUUUGUAACAAUUUUACUUAUUCCAUUAAAAGACUUAAAAUAAUGUGUACUAUGAUUAAAAUUCAAAAACAGAAGUGCAAAAGGAAUAACAAAAUCAACAUUUUCAAAAUAAUGAAUUUACUUCUCCUGCCAAAUUUAUCAAAGCAAAUAUCAUUUAUAAUCUAACUAUGAUAUUUACCAAUUACCUAUAAAUUGAUUAUGCUUUAAUUUUCGAAGAAUAAUUAAAAAUUCUUAAUAAUCAUCAAGAUUACCUCAAAAAAUUACAAUCUCACAAAUUAUAUUAACUAAUCUAAAAUAACUUAUUAUUUUAAUCACUUUAUCAGAACAACUUACAGAGAAUAAAUAGAUCUCUUAAAAUAUGA